UCGCCGGCGCCCCUAGUGCUGGACGAGGAUGAACAUGGCGAUGUGGGUCGCAAUCUCAAUGUACAGGAGGAGGAUGAGGAGGAGGAGGAGGAUGAAGAGAACCGGGUGGCCAAGGUGCCUACCGUGCGACUGCGAUUUAAAUACGGCCUCUUUUACGAUCUGACUGCCAAAAAUAACGCCGUACGGAUUAAUCAGUUGUUUGAACAGGCCCGAUGGUCUAUUGUUACGGAGGCGGUUGAGUGCACCAAUGAGGAGGCCGCAAUGUUUGCAGCGCUGGCUCUUCAAGAGAAGUAG